AUGCCAUGUUCGAGGCCUUAUUACGCACAAGCUAACGGCCAAGUUGAAGCAGCAAAUAAGAUAUUGAUAGGUUUAAUUAAAAAGCAUAUUGGAAAUAGGCCUCGAACAUGGCAUGAAACUUUAAAUCAAAUAUUAUGGGCUUAUCGAAAUUCACCAAGAGGUUCGACAGGAACCUCACCUUAUAAAUUGGUAUAUGGCCAUGAUGCAGUAUUACCAUUGGAAAUGAAUUUGAAUACUUUAAGGGUAUCGAAACAAAACGAUUUGCCAGUCGAUGAUUAUUGGAAUGCAAUGUUCGAUGAAUUAAAUGAAUUAGAUUCAGAACGAAUCUUGGCAUUAGAGAAUAUAAUUCGACAGAAGGAAAGUAUUGCUCGAAGUUAUAAUCGUCGAAUUUCUAGAAAAUCUUUUCAAACAGGCGAAUUGGUUUUGAAAGUUAUUUAA